AUCCGGAACCAAGGACACCAUGUAUAAGUCCGAUGUCCUAUGGACACUGGACAGUACUACCUCCAAGUUCGCGUCACUUGCCCCUCCAUAACAAUGGCUACCAAGACUGGUGCACUUGAUGAUAGCAAAUCUGCACCUCCGCCGUACGAGACAACUUCUACCUCUGUACCUACUACGUCUGCAUUACCAGACAACUCUGUCCGACACAGACCAUCUGUAUUUUCCUUUCUACACACCAAGCGGAAAGAAACUCACUGCCUUAUCUCGCAUCCGUGAUAUUGUCUCCGCUCCAGAUAUCACCCCUUCUUCUGUUUCCCUGAUCGUCGAUGCCUGCGCUGCUUCUCUUCCAGCUGCAGAACUCUCUGACCUUCUGCAAUCUCCCAAUAUCGAGGGCCACACAGCGUUGUACUGGGCAAUUAUAAAUAAGCGGCAAGAAACCUUUUCGGUCUUAGCUGCAUUCAUUUCCAAAUUCUCGUCCGUUUGUUCUUCCGACUUACGUCUCGCGUGCAUGGCAACCAACAAUCAGGCCCUGUUUGCGCAGCUGGGUUUGGGACGUAGUGAUUCAAAGGACGAGCCUUUGAGACGCUCUUUGGGUUGUCCACCUGAUGAAGUUCAGGUGCAUGAAGGAGAUGGACUGGGCGAGAAUCAGUUCAUCGCUUGCCUCCGUAUCAGGAUGUUUCAGAAACGUCUGCACAUUACACAGGAUUUGGGCGUAGAAUUUGUUGCGGGGGGACGCAUAUGGUUGUUUCGCUUUUAUAUUGGGCCCGAUGGAGGGUGGCGCAUCGGGCUUGGUCUUUCUCAGCCUAGCUUUCCAGCGCGUCCAGACGCGAUACUUCUGAUCGAGGCCCACGAAAAACCCGGCUCUGCAACCCCACCUCAAGGGUUGCGAAUGACUUAUGAAAAUAAGAAAUUGCUUGUACCUGGGGGAUCUCAAGGAUAUAAGGACUCAUUCAUCAACAUUUUUUGGUCAUUAAGCGAUUGGCCCCUGUACGAAAAUACUAUAUAUAUGGACUCCGAUGGCACCUUGCAUGCAAAGCUGGAGAUGACAUUAAGGUAACGCUGGCUGCUCAUUAACCUCGAUAUUCAUGUUGGAAUUUUUAUUUAACCUCCCGUCGUCCCCAUGUUCAUACUUCAAUUGUUGUCUUUCAACGUUGAUAUGCGUAUCGUCUUUUCAUCCCGGAUUCUCGCUGUAUCUAUCUUAUAUUAUAUUUCUUACAGCGUGUUCUCUGAUAGCUUCCAAUAAAUGGGAACUUGAUCAUUAGGUCGCUUUGUCAAAGUAAAUUCAGCUUCAUAUCACGACCCAAUCAGCC